UAGCCAUAAUAGACAAAACCAAGUUACUCGCAGCAAUGGAAAGCGAAAAGCCUGCACUUACGCAGGUUUCUGUUAUGUCUCUUGCAUUAACAGCUGUAUUUGCCACUGGAGCAAUUAUUUUUGCCCAUAGUGUAGGAAGAUCUCUCUCAAGGGUUUACAAAUUAGUAAUUGCUUGGCUAUUUUUUGAUGCGCUGAUUCACUUUACUUUGGAAGGACCAUUUGUAUACUGGUCACUGGUUUCAAAAGUAGAAAAAUCAACUCAUGUGACUGCACAAGUUUGGAAGGAAUAUGCCCUGGCUGACAAGAGAUGGGGUGUGUCAGAUCCAACCAUUGUGUCAUUAGAAAUUCUGACGGUCUUUAUCACUGGGCCUCUGGCUGUUUUCUUAAUCUAUGCCAUACUAAAGAACAAGAUUUACCGACACUUCAUUCAGAUUGUUCUCAGCGUGUGUGAACUUUAUGGAGGAUGGAUGACAUUUUGUCCAGAAUGGUUGACAGGAAGUAAAAAUCUCAAGACGGACAAUUUCCUGUACAUGUGGGUGUACCUGGUCUUCUUUAAUGGAAUUUGGGUCAUAAUUCCGAUUCUUCUUCUUUGUCAGUCAUGGAUGGAAAUGACAAUGACAGGGCAGGUCAAGCAGACGAACGUUGUGGAAAGUGUAACUACUACUUACGUCACUCAUAAAUACAACACCCGGUCUCAUAAUAAGAAGAGGGAGUAAACAAAAGUCUAUUGACUUAAAUUAAUUCAGAGUUUUGAGUGAAUUUUGAGUUAGACAAUAAAAUGAUAUUUUAUA